GGGCCUCGCGGGAGCCGGUCGGGCCCGCGGGGUGCGGCCCGGGGCGGGGGAGGGCAUCGGCCGCUUCCUCCGCGGGCCCGGCCGGAAAGCCGCUACGGUUCGUGUGUCGUUAAAACCGGCAAUGGCAGGAAUACUUCUUACUGAGACCGCUUAAUUCAAACGCUUUUGAAGCGACUGAUCUUCAGGGGAAAACCGGUAAAACUUCUAGAAGACUCCUUUCUGCUGGAAGUCCUGCUCGAUGGCUACAAGAGGCACAAGGGCUCUUACUGUAGCAGAAACCACACUAGCCGGGACACGUAUCCUACGAUCUGAGAAUCUGUCCCAAUAAGCUUGCUCUGAGCCGAUGGAUGCGCUGCUCCUGAAUCUCAGAAUUUCAGCACAGCUUGCCCUUCUGAGCCUGGCCAGCAUCAAUGAUGGCAAGAUUCCUAAGCGCUGUACUGCAUACCCUGUGGAUCCUUUUCUUUUCAUAUGCAACAAGCGAAGUUACGGCUACAGGACACAUACAAGAAUUUGGAUGCUUUAGUGACUUUGCAAAAGAGCUCGUUUGUGGCUGGAAGGUGCCUGCACAGACAAACUGCUCCAAAGAAUUCCUGCUCUACUACAGGGAGGAAAUUUUCUCUUCCCAAAACGUGUGUGUCCCUGAGAAUGGAAAAGAGAGUUUCACAUGCACUUGUACAAUAUAUCCCGAUUAUUUUGUAUCGGGCCUCACCUAUGUUCUAGCUUUACAGUUCAAUGGGACUGAUAUGUGGAAUGACAGUGUUACACCAGCCCUGGUUGUUAAGCCAAGGGCCCCCAGAAAUCUUGCCAUUGAGAAAGCUGAAAAUGGUAAUUUCAAUCUGAGCUGGGAGGAGAGCUACACCCCUCCAUCCAUGCUCUCUGGACAGCCAGUCAUCUUUGAAAUAAAAUAUUGGAGCAAGCAGCACCCAGAAGAGGUUUCUAUAAAAUCAAUUAACUACCAGGCAAAAAGCUUUGAAAUUACUGCAAGCUCCUUGCAGAGAGGCUAUGAUUACAUUGCAAGUGUACGGUGCCAGUAUACAGACUACCCAGCCUACUGGAGUGACUGGAGUGACAGAGUUGAAUUUCACUGUGAUUAUCAAGUAACAUCUGAAGACAUUCUGCAGAUGGCUGUUCCUAUAUCUUGCAUCCUGAUCAUGGCAGUAGCUGUAACGUGUUAUUUCUGUUUUACCAAAGUGAAGAAAGAAUGGUGGGAUCAAAUCCCAAAUCCAGCAAAGAGCCAUUUGGUUGUAAAAAAUGUCAAGCUUUCAGUCUUGUGCUACAUCGAUGAAAUUAAGUUCCCUUUCCAUGACAUAAAGCAGAGUCAUAUGGAAAAACAAAUAAUUUGCAAAAGCUGUCUGUCUCAAAGUUUGUCAAGCCAAAAUUUCAAGGGAAAAGAUAACAUCAGAAACGCUGAGAAAUCUUGCAGUUGCCAUAGCAAGACUGGAGAGUGGUUUCCAAAAGGCAGUAGUGCAGUUUUAACCCCUGAGACAAUUCUCAUUGAAGAGUCUAUAGAAAUCUGUGAAUGUUUAACAGACAUUGAGGCUGAGAGCCAGGAAGAAACUCAUGACCAGAUCACCAUGUUUGAGUCUUGUGACACCAGUGUCAGUGCUUUCAGGGAGCACACCGAACACAAUGAUGCACUAGCUAACAUGUUCAUUGAGCUCUUGGAAGAUGAAAACAACAUGAAAGAUGAUAAAGACCCAGAUGUCAUCACAAGUGAAAAUAAAACCUUUGAGAAACUUGAGUCAGAAAAUGAGUCUCAACGAAGUCCUACAGAAAGCACAGCCCAGAGUCAGCAGACAUAUGGUAUUUCUCAUAGAGUUUCCCCUUUCACCAGAGCCUCUCAAGAUGAGUACAAUUGCAGUACAACCAGCAAGAAGUCAGUACAAUCAGAAGAAUCCUUUGAGUCUGGCUAUCAGAGCUCCAGCACAAAUUCUGCUUCUCUGGAUGCAAGAGAUGCUCCCCAUAUGCUUCAUCAAAGCCUUUUUCCAUGCAGUUCUGAAAGUCAGCGUAACUCAUCUGUCCUGAUUGAGGAAUCUCCAAAUAAACUUGCCUUUGUGAUCAACAAAGACAGAAUAAGCAACCCUGCAUACAAGAGCUUUGGCACCCUUGUGUCUCUACCUGGGGAGCCAAGUAGUUCUGCAUACAAGAGCUUUGACACCCUUGUGUCUCCACCUGGGGAGCCAUGUAGUUCUGCAUACAAGAGCUUUGACACCCUUGUCUCUCCACCUGGGGAGCUAUGUAGUUCUGCAUACAAGAGCUUUGACACCCUUGUCUCUCCACCUGGGGAGCUAUGUAGUUCUGCAUACAAGAGCUUUGAUAUUCUUGUGCCCACAUUCAGGGAGCCAAGUAGCUCUGCAUAUAAGAGCUUUGAUACCCUAAUGUCUCAGUCUAUGGCAAACAGUAGCUUGACUGUGCAUUUUGAAAAUGUGUGUUCCUCGCUGCCUUUGACCCAACUUUCAGAGACACCAGAACUUUGCUGCAGAGAUCAAGUUUAUCGACCCCCUAGCAGUCAGACAUGUUAUACCAACUGCAGAUCUCCCUACAAUGAGCUUGAUUUUCAAAACACCUGUUCAGAACAUACUGAUUUUCCAUCUUUCUCCACAUGUGCAAAUGAUGGAGUUUCAGCUUUCCUACCAGAGGAGGAAAUACAUAAGCAAGUAGCAUAUCAAAAUGUUCAAAAGACAGCCGACAUGCUUUCUUGCCCUGUUGGACCUCAACCGUCUGGUUAUCAACCUUUUGAUACUGCAGUUAGAUGUAAUGGUACAUACUUUGACAAUGACAGUGAAGUUAUCUCUAAGUCAUUGUAUGAGCCCUUCAUUCAUGUGUUGUACAACAACCUGAGAGAAACACCACCAGAUACCAUCAUCCAUGAAUCUGACCAGAAGAUAGAUGACCAUGUAUGUUUGAUUGUACAGGGCUUUGAUUGUGGCAUUGUCCCAGGUGUAACCUCUAGUGAGAAUGUCGCACACAGUAGUAGUGAUGGCAGCCUUUGGAUCAUCAACUCUAACAAGCUGCCAAAUGAUAGCAAAGAUGAAAAUGCCAGCAGAGGCAAACAGCCGUUGCAUUUGUUAGAGCUGAACUGUCAAGAUUUUAACAACAGAGAAAGAACUCUAAAGGGAACAAACCCUAAUGGCUAUAACUGUAAUGGUGAAGGAAUGCAAGAGGACAGCAGUAACAAGCUAAAUACUGUCCUGUGCCCCACACGUAAUCAUUUGAGGAAGUUUGGAAAUGAAGGGGAAAAUAAACAGGUAGGAAGCAGAAGGUGUGGCUCGACAGCUAACUUGUCAGAAGAAUCACUAGGCAGCAUUGAGCUGAACUUAAAAUCUGCAGAGCCACCGGGGCUCUUGGUCUCAGACAAGCUGUCAGCUCCUCUUUGUAUGGAUAACCACUGUCCUUCUGAUUGUCUCACUGUUCACACUGAGGAUUCUAGACUGGUACCUGCAGUUAAAAAAAGACCAGCAGAACUAUGGAGGGAAAACAACAGGAGGAAUGAGAAAAGAAUUAAACUUUUACAUGCUCUUGCCCAGGAGGACAACUGUUACAUGAAGGUAGCCUAGUCAUGUUUGCCAAGAGAACCACACCAGCCUUUGGAAAUAAACCGUGUGGCAAAUUGAGAUGGUGCUUAUUCUUCCAAUUUUGCCUAAAGUGAGGGCUACUACAGUACAAACGUGGAUUCACUGGGUUGUAGCACAUGCUUGCUGCAAAGGUGGCAGCUGGUAUGUGAGGCAGGCUGUUGGGGGACAGCAGGGGCUAGCACCUAAUGUAGCUACAGCUCUGUCAGGAAGGCACAGAGCUGAAGUUUCUCUGGCUAUGAUCAUUCCUUGAAAGUGAGCAGGAGCUGCAUAAACUAGGAGUUCUUAUUUGGCACAGCUCCUGUGGCUGGUUAUUGCUCUGGGUCUGUAUGUUGCUUGGGAAGCACAAAAGAUGAUAUGGAAGUUGCUGACCUGGAAGUGGGAAGUACGUGCAAGUCAAAGGGGAAGUGACUGCCUUGCGCUGAUGGAAUUGCAUACCUUCCGUUAUUUGUUUGUUGGAGGGGGUGCAGGGGGUGUUUCUGUGUUCCUGGCACCGGCAUGUGGUAUAUGUUUUUAUACUUCUUUAAUCAAGAUCUGAAAUAAAGAUUACUGUCAUUUGGGCUUAAGAAA